AUGAGAGUGGGAGAAAAUACUUGCCAAAUAUACAUCGGACAAAGGAUUGAUAUCCAGAAUAUACAAGAUAUUGAAAAGGCCAAACCCAUUAAAUGUGGAACAUUUGGUGCAACAUCUUUACAGCAGAGAUAUUUAGCUACUGGAGAUUUUGAUGAAAACCUUCAAAUAUGGAAGCCACAGAAAGUGAAUGCAGAAAAGAAACAUGAUCAUUCAUUAUUGAAUUUUGCCAACUUACUUUUACUUAUGACAGGAACUGUGAAGGUGUGGGACCCAAGGCAAAAAGAUGAUCCUGUUGCUAAUAUGGAACCUGUACAAGGAGAAAACAAGAGAGACUGUUGGACUGUGGGUUUUGGCAAUGCUUAUAAUCAAGAGGAACGUGUUGUUUGUGCUGGCUAUGACAAUGGGGAUAUCAAACUAUUUGAUCUCAGAAAUAUGUCAUUACGGUGGGAGACAAAUAUAAAAAAUGGGGUAUGUAGCUUGGAGUUUGACAGAAAAGACAUAAGUAGCUUGGACUGUGACAGAAAAGACAUAAGUGUGAAUAAGUUAGUAGCUACAUCUCUGGAAGGGAAGUUCCACGUUUUUGACAUGAGAACACAGCAUCCAACCAAAGGUUUUGCUUCUGUUUCAGAAAAGGUAAAUAAGAGGGAAAUGUCUUCUGUGAAGAAGAAUGAUCGCUUGUUUUAG